CUUUUUGGUUACAUUGGAUUUCCACUUUUUUGCUUUCUUCUCAGUUCGUCACGAUCGGAGCAUUUUUUUGUGUGUCCGAUCUCAAAUGCCCAACUCCUCGAUUCAGCUAUUUCCCUGGUAGCAUCGAAGUUGCUCUCUUCCACAAAUCUCGAGAAGUAACAAAAAAAAAAUGGCUUUGGUGGCGGCUUUGGAGGCGGAUCUCCGAGCUCUCUCCGCCGAGGCGCGGCGGAGGUAUCCCGCCGUGAAAGAUGGAGCGGAGCACGCAAUCUUGAAGCUUCGGUCGUCAUCAAGUGCCAGUGAUCUCUCAAGUAAUGAAGACAUUCUUCGGAUCUUUCUGAAGGCGUGUGGAGUCAGGAAUACAAAACUUAGUGUUAUAGGACUUUCGUGCUUGCAGAAGCUUAUAUCUCAUGAUGCUGUUGAACCUUCAUCUCUAAAGGAGAUACUUUAUACCUUGAAAGAUCAUUCAGAAAUGGCAGAAGAAAAUAUCCAACUAAAGACUCUACAAACUAUUCUAAUAAUAUUUCAGUCACGACUACAUCCAGAAACCGAGGAUAAUAUGGUCCUAGGACUAAGUAUCUGUCUCAGGCUUCUUGAUAAUAACCGAUCUCCUAGUGUUUACAAUACGGCUGCAGCUACCUUCAGGCAAGCAGUUGCCUUGAUUUUUGAUCAAGUGCUUUUGGCUGAGUCCCUUCCUAUGCCUAAAUAUGGUUCUAGCAGCCAAACAGCAAGGACUGGCUCUGUUGCUGGAGAUUUGAGUCAGAAUAUCAAUAACUCAGAGCCCUUGGAAAAGGAUGCUACCUGUGGUCGAUUGACUACAAGAGACACACUGAGUGAAACUGGAAAACUUGGUCUGCGGUUGCUUGAGGACCUGACAGCCUCAGCUGCAGGUGGAUCUGCAGCUUGGUUGCAUGUUGCUUCUCUUCCAAGGACCUUUUCCCUCGAGCUAAUUGAGUUUGUUUUGUCAAACUAUAUAUCAGUUUUUAAGAUACUACUUCCCUACGAACAGGUUUUGCGACACCAAAUCUGUUCCCUUCUGAUGACAUCACUUCGGACCAGUUCAGAGCUCGAGGGAGAAAUGGUUGAACCUUAUUUUCGCCGGUUAGUGCUGCGGUCAGUUGCUCAUAUUAUUCGACUGUAUAGCUCGUCUCUCAUUACAGAAUGCGAGGUGUUCCUAAGUAUGCUCGUGAAAGCUACAUUUUUAGAUUUGCCACUGUGGCAUCGCAUUCUCGUUCUUGAGAUUUUGAGGGGGUUUUGUGUUGAGGCAAGAACGUUACGGAUUCUUUUCCAGAACUUUGAUAUGCACCCCAAAAACACAAAUGUUGUGGAGAGCAUGGUUAAAGCGCUUGCUCGAGUUGUUUCUAGCAUACAGUUUCAGGAGACAAGUGAGGAAAGUCUAGCAGCUGUUGCCGGGAUGUUUAGUAGCAAAGCUAAAGGUAAUGUGUUCCUAAGUAUGCUCGUGAAAGCUACAUUUUUAGAUUUGCCACUGUGGCAUCGCAUUCUCGUUCUUGAGAUUUUGAGGGGGUUUUGUGUUGAGGCAAGAACGUUACGGAUUCUUUUCCAGAACUUUGAUAUGCACCCCAAAAACACAAAUGUUGUGGAGAGCAUGGUUAAAGCGCUUGCUCGAGUUGUUUCUAGCAUACAGUUUCAGGAGACAAGUGAGGAAAGUCUAGCAGCUGUUGCCGGGAUGUUUAGUAGCAAAGCUAAAGGAAUUGAAUGGAUUCUUGACAAUGAUGCUUCCAGUGCGGCUGUUCUCGUUGCGAGUGAAGCUCAUGCAAUAACUUUGGCAAUUGAAGGCUUACUUGGAGUUGUCUUUACAGUCGCCACGUUGACAGAUGAAGCAGUAGACGUUGGGGAGCUUGAAUCUCCCAGAUACGAGCAUCUUCCUUCAUCUGAUUAUGUUGGGAAAACCUCACAUCUCUGUAUCUCAAUGGUAGAUUCAUUGUGGUUGACUAUACUUGAUGCAUUUUCCCUUAUACUAUCAAGGUCACAAGGAGAGGCAAUCGUAUUGGAGAUACUGAAAGGAUAUCAAGCAUUCACCCAGGCAUGUGGCGUUCUUCAUGCUGUAGAACCCUUGAACUCCUUUCUUGCAUCGCUUUGUAAAUUUACAAUCGUUUUGCCAACUGAUGCAGAAAGGAAAAGCAGCGUCGUACAGUCUCCUGUGUCCAAACGUUCUGAAGCACAGGUUGAUCAGAAAGAUGUCAUUGUCCUGACACCCAAGAAUGUUCAGGCAUUGAGAACACUCUUCAACAUCGCUCAUAGGUUGCAUAACGUGUUGGGCCCAUCAUGGGUGUUGGUCCUUGAAACUCUGGCAGCCCUAGAUCGAGCUAUUCAUUCUCCUCAUGCAACCACCCAGGAGGUCACAACUGCAGUCCCAAAGCUUACCAGAGAGCCUUCUAGGCAGUACGCCGAUUUUAGCAUUCUCUCUUCUUUAAAUUCUCAGCUGUUUGAGAGCUCGGCGCUGAUGCAAGUGUCUUNCCCCAUGAGGUCACAACUGCAGUCCCAAAGCUUACCAGAGAGCCUUCUAGGCAGGGUGGAACCACUAUGGGACCAAGUGGUUGGCCACUUUCUUGAGCUUGCUGAGCAUUCAAAUCAGAACUUGAGAAAUAUGGCGCUUGAUGCCCUGGAUCAGUCCAUAUGUUCUGUCUUAGGUUCAGAGCAGUUUGGAGAAGAUCCAGCCAGAUCAAGAAAUGCAACUCUGGAUGUAGAAUCAAAGGAAACUCAGUUAAAGUCAGUUGAAUGUGCUGUACUAUCUUCCCUCAGGGUUCUUUACUUUUCUGCUCAAAAGGCCGAUGUUCGAAUUGGGUCAUUAAAAAUUCUCCUUCAUAUACUUGAGGUAUGCAUGUAAAAUUGGAUUUUCCAUUCUAUAUACUUAUCCUACUCCUCGUACAUUCUCUUAAGGUCUGUUGCAGAUGCAUCAGAAAAGGAUGUGGCGACCCUUGGGUUCCAGAGUCUCCGGGUUAUUAUGAGUGAUGGACUUCCUACUCUUCCGGAAGACUGUCUCCAUGUGUGCAUAGACGUUACUGGAGCUUAUAGUGCACAAAAGACUGAUUUGAAUAUAAGUCUGACAGCCAUUGGUCUGUUGUGGACUUUGACUGAUUUCGUAGCAAAGGGACUCCACCAUGGGUCUCUAGCGGACAAAGGAUUUGAUUCCACUCCACAGCAAACAAAUGGGGAGGACGGGGAAGACCAUAUGAUCAGCAAUUCGAACAACUCAGAUUAUGAAGCUCGAAGACAAGUGGUCAAUCAUGAUAAAUUGCUGUUUUUAGUCUUUUCGUUAAUUCAGAAACUCGUGGAUGACGAGCGACCAGAGGUCAGGAAUUCAGCUGUGAGGACAUUUUUUCAAAUAUUGGGAAGUCACGGGAACAAACUUUCAAAAAGCAUGUGGGAGGAUUGUCUAUGGAAUUAUAUCUUCCCCAUGUUGGAUGGCGCCUCUCACAAGGCUGCAACAUCAUCAAAGGACGAAUGGCAAGGGAAAGAAAUCGGUACUCGAGGAGGGAAAGCAGUGCACAUGCUUAUACAUCAUAGUCGCAAUACAGCCCAGAAGCAAUGGGAUGAAACAUUUGUCCUUGUCCUUGGAGGGAUAGCCCGCCUCUUUCGGUCUUAUUUUCCUCUUCUUGAAAGCCUACCGAACUUCUGGUCAGGAUGGGAGUCUUUGCUUGCUUUUGUUAAGAACAGCAUUUUCAAUGGGAGCAAAGAGGUAUCACUUGCAGCGAUAAAUUGUCUGCAGACAGCUGUUGUGUCCCACUGUGUCAAGGGAAACUUGCAACUCCGAUAUCUUAAUUCGGUACUGGACGUGUAUGAGCUUGUUUUCCAGAAGUCAUCGAGUUACACAGGCGACACAGCAACCAAGGUGAAACAAGAGAUUCUGCAUGGUUUAGGUGAACUAUACGUGCAAUCACUGAAGAUGUUUGAUGAUAAAAUGUACAUGCAAUUGUUGGGAAUUGUAGACUUAGCUAUAAAACAGGCCAUCAUAAAUAGUGAAAAUUUUGAAAGUGAAUAUGGACAUGUACCCCCUGUACUACGUCAUGUUUUGGAAAUAUUGCCCUCUUUGGGUCCUCCUGAGCACCUUUCGUCAAUGUGGCUAAUUCUGCUAAGAGAGUUUUUGCAUUAUCUUCCACGGGUUGAUUCUGUUCUGCCAAAUGAGGAAGGCGGUGAACUAUUGGAACAUAAAGCUGAUGCUUCGUCUGAAACAAUUCCAACCACAAGAAUUACGACUAAUAUGUUUGCAGAAAAGCUGAUACCUGCCUUGGUAGAGCUUCUCCUUCAAGCUCCUGCAGUUGAAAAGUAUAUCCUGUUUCCCGAAUUCAUCCAGAACCUGAGAAGGUGCAUGAUGACAAGACGAGACAAUCCAGAUGGUUCACUCUGGAAGGUAGCAGCUGAGGGCUUCAACCGUUUACUUGUUGAAGAUGUGAAAUUAUGUUCUGUGGGUGGUGACACAGACCUAAAAAUUAGCAAAACAGCUAGGAUACGCAUUUGGAAAGAAAUAGGAGAUGUUUACGAUAUAUUCCUUGUUGGUUAUUGUGGACGUGCACUUUCUUCAAAUUCUCUCCCUGCUGCAGCACUCAAGGCCAAUGAGACCCUUGAGAUGGCCUUUUUAAACGGUCUUGGCGAUAUCAUUCUUAUGUCGACCGUUGAUGCACCUCGAGAAGUCCUGGAGCGGCUUGUUUCAACCCUAGAUCGCUGUGCAUCACGUACAUGCUCAUUGCCUGUUGAAACUGUAGAGCUUAUGCCUGCCCACUGUAGUAGAUUUUCCUUGACAUGCUUACAGAAAUUGUUUUCCUUGAGCAGUUUCAGCUCUGAAACCAAGGAGUGGCACUCCACAAGAGCAGAAGUGAGCAAAAUCUCUAUCAUCACGCUAAUGGCCAGAUGUGAAUUCAUUUUGAGUAGAUUUUUAAUCGACGAGAAUAAUCUAGGCAACCGUCCGAUCCCAACAGCUAGACUUGAAGAGAUUAUCUUUAUCCUCCAGGAACUUGGCCACCUCAGCAUUCAUCCUGAGGUUGCAUCUGUUCUUCCGUUGCAACCCUACCUGAAAACCAUCCUACGUGAAGAUAACCGCGACACCCGUGCGCACCUACUUGUCCUUUUUCCCUCCCUGUGCGAGCUUGUGUUGUCAAGGGAAACGCAGGUGAGGGAGUUGGUGCAAGUUUUACUACGAGCAGUUGCUAUGGAGCUAGGCCUAGAAAAGGUUAGUCUAUCUAGCUGAUGGUAGUAGAUUGGAGCUCUAAACUUUCUCUUCUUACGCUAGAUUGUUGAGAAAAUUUUGGCUCUCGACCACAUAGGCUGUAUUCUUUGUUUUAGCUUGUACCGAAUUUACUCUGUGUGCGGUUUUAACAUGGGAGUGUUCUUCAAUCUUUCCCGCUGAUGUUACAAUACGCCAUUUCUCGAGAUUUUAUGUAUGUCGGUCCAAUAAAGUAUUCUUCUGUUAACUGA